AUGAGGGUAUGCCGGGCGGCUGAGGCGGAGAGGCGCGCGCAGGCACUUGGCUCGACCCCGUCACUGGUGGAGACCGACACGCAGGAGCGACCGACGCCGCGGGAAUUUGGGGACGAGGCGUGGGCCGGGGUUACGUCUUGGGAAUGGGAAGCAUUUUUCAGUGUGGAGGCGGUUGGAGGGAGGACAGUGCGCCGGAUCCCACAGCGGGCUCGGUCGGGGGUCUUAGACGCGCUCUGUUGCGUCUUAAAGCGUUUGAAGAGCCGGCCGGGGGAUGAAGCCGCUACCCUCCUACUCUUGGCUUUUCCGCGCCUCAUCCUAGCCGUGCCUCCCAAGCCAGGCAUAGGACAGAAGGCGCUGAUCAUAGAGCGGUUGGGGGCGUUUUGGGAGGGGAGGUGGCGGGAGCUGUUCGACUCCGCCAUGGUGGCGGCGCGGCCAGCAGUACGCCCACUUGCCUACACUUGCUCUGACCAGGACCCGGAUGCCAUCCGCCUGUCACGGUGCCGAUCUCGGUGUAAAGUGGGAGAGUGGAGCCGCGGAUUGGCUUGCCUUACAGCAGGGGAGUUGGCCCGGCCGUCUGAGGCCAUGGUGCAGUCGCUGCGAGAGAAGCACCCUGCUAGCACUAGCGAGGUACCACAGUGGGUCCGUGAUUUCACCGUCGAUGCUCCUCAGCGGCCUCCACUCACGGCCGACAUCCUGGCCAGAACUAUCCAUACAGCCGCUCGCACUUCAGCAGCAGGGCCAUCGGGGUGGGUCACAAAGCAUCUGCGCGACACCUUCCUCACUGAACCUUCCUGCCUUUCCCACCUGUUGGAGGUGUUCAACCAAUGGGUGGCGGGACAGGUCCCCGAGCGGGCUCGGCCCUGGCUCGCCGCAUCCAACCUAGUUGGGCUUUCCAAGCCUAACGGCGACGUCCGGCCGGUCGCGAUUGGGGAAGUGCUUCCGCGUAUCCUUGCUCGAGCUCUCUGCAUCUCGCUCCGCCCUACGAUGGCUUCCUACUUUCUGCCGUGCAACCAGCUGGGAGCGGGCACCAGGGCCGGGGUAGAGAUUCUUACCCAUUCUUUCCGGUCAGCGCUGGCUACUCACCCCGACUGGUGUGCGCUGCAGAUAGAUGUCGCGAACGCCUUCAAUUCGUUUCACCGUCAUGCGAUGUUUGAGGGGCUGCGGGAGUCGCCUUUCUCAGGGUUGAUCCCAUUCUUACGUGUUUUCUACGGGACACCUAGCGAUCUGUACCUCCGAGCGGGCCCUUUUGUACAGAGCCUUGAGUCGGCACGAGGAUCACGGCAAGGGGACCCGCUCGGCCCUUUUCUUUUCGCGUUCACGCAGCAGCAGGUGAUGGAGUCGGUGACUAGAGAGUUCAGGGACCUACUUUUCCUGAGCUACGCAGACGAUACCUAUAUCAUGGGACCGGCGGCUAGGAUUCUAGAGGCGUUUGGGGUGCUGCGGGAGCGGUUGGAAUGGGUGGGGCUGGAGGUGCAGGCUCACAAGUGCCGGUUUUGGGAGCGCGAGGGCGGGGAUGUGGAGCUGGCACUGCCAUUGGGGAUGCAGCGGGUGGAGGAGGGUCUCACUGUGGUGGGCAUGCCUAUUGGGGAGGAGGGUUGGGAGGUGACCCGGUUACGGGAGCGGCUUAGACAGUUGCAGGCGCAAUUGCCAUGGCUCCCCCUGCUCGACCACCCCCAGAUGGCUUCACAUCUCCUCGCCAUUGCAGUUUCAGCACGGCCGAUGUACCUGGCCCGGACUAUGCCGCCGCGUCCGGAGGUGGUGGAGGCCUUCAGGGAUUGGGAUAGCUGUCUGGAGGAUUGCUUUGAGCAGCUUUUCCCACCUGGCACUUGGGAGCAUGACCCCGACCGGUCUAGGCGCGCGCGCAUGCAGCUGCAUCUCCCUGUGCGACUCGGAGGGUUUGGGAUCCGGGCAGCAGCCUCUUUGAGUCCGCUGUCCUAUGUUUGUGGAUGGGCGCAGGCCGCGCGUGAUAUUGCACAGUUGGGGGUGGCGGGCGAGGAGGCGAUGUUUGCGGAGUACCUCACCACUUCGGCAGGGGCGGAGUUUCUUGACCCGUGGUUUGCCAAGGCUCUUGAGCAGCUGCCUGCGACUAUACGCCAGGAGAUGCCGGGCUUACCUCUGUGCGUAGCGGCCCCUCCUCUUCGGCUUUUCCAGGCGCGGCAGCGGUUGUUGGCGGUAGAGGAGCUCCAGACACUGCGUCGCUCGGCUCGUGACGAUGCCACCCUGGCCCGUUUCACAUCCCUUCAGGGCCCGGGGGCUGGUGCAUGGGUUUCGGCGGUUCCGGCUCACUCAGAUCUCACAUUCACUGCGGCGGAGUGGGGCAUUGCUGCUGCUAUACGGCUCGGGCUCCCAAUUCAGCAGCUGCAGGUGGCGGGGAGGUGUGUUUGUGGCACAGCAUAUGUUGACCCAGCAGACCCGCAUCAUGCCCUGAGAUGCAAGCACCAGCAUGGUCCAUCUCGGGUACAUGAUGAGGUGAAGUUUGCGGUGGCGAAGAUCUCUAAGGCGCCUGGGGGGGUGGUGACAAUGGAGGAUAGUGUGGUGCUGCAGGGGAAGCGGGUUGAUGUGGCGGUGCAACGACCAAUGGCUGGAGAGGCUCACGCCCUGGAGAUCAGCGUCGCGGACCCGCUAUCGCUGUCUCCAUCUUUGCUAGGACAGUGUGGGCGUCAAAUAGGCGUGGCGGCAAGAGAAUGGGAGCGUCGUAAAACGAGCGAUUACGCGCCCCUGCUUGCACGCAACCGGGGCGUGCAGUUCACUCCUCUGAUAGUGGAUCUGGGAGAUGCGCACGUGGGGCUAGCUGUGUCGCGGGGGGCUUGUCGGGAGGACGACACUGUGUUUUCGGCUUAUCUUCUAGGGUCACUGAAGGCGCUCAUCGGGGUGGCGUUGCAACGUGCGCAAGCCCGUGUCAUCCUGCUUCGAGCGGCGUCUUCUAUGGGGGGGAUUAACGUUGACUUGGUGGACCGGGAGUGGGACGAUGGCGAUGCGGAAGGCGGGGCUCUCUGGGUGGAGGCCCCGUACAUGGUGGAUUCGCUGUUGUGA